CGCCCCGCCCCAUCAUGCACCGCGCGCGCGGCCACGCGCGCCGCCCGCACCGAGCCGCCGUCCCGGCUCCCGGCUGAAGGAGAGAGCGUUCGGCGCGGGACCGGGGAGCGCCGGGAGGCGGCGGAGGCCCGGGAGGCUCUGCUUUGUCCCCCCGGCUGGGCCGGGGAGCCAUGGCAGCCUCCUCCUCGUCCUCCUCGGCCGGUGGAGUGAGUGGCAGCUCCGUGACAGGCUCGGGGUUCAGCGUUUCGGACCUGGCGCCGCCCCGGAAGGCGCUCUUCACUUAUCCCAAAGGAGCCGGGGAGAUGCUGGAAGAUGGCUCUGAGAGGUUCCUCUGCGAGUCUGUGUUCAGCUUUCAGGUUGCAUCAACAUUAAAGCAAGUGAAGCACGAUCAACAAGUCGCAAGGAUGGAAAAACUUGCCGGUCUGGUGGAAGAGCUGGAGGCAGAUGAGUGGAGGUACAAGCCAAUAGAGCAGCUCCUGGGAUUCACUCCCUCCUCAGGCUGAGCGUGUCUGGAUUGCUGCUGUCAGGGAGCAGAAGAAGAACGUUCCCUGGCCCAGCUUCAAAACACCCCCCAUUUAUCAGAUGCUGACAGCUGCAUCAGCAGGAUGGGGCUUUGGGUUUUUUUGAGAGUGGGGAUCCCCCGUAAAGCUGCCAAUAAACAGAAAUGACGAGAUUCUGUAGGUCCUUACAGGCUGGCAGGGCUUGGUUUCUGUAACUUAGAAGGCAGGAUCAGCUGCACAGCCCCUGGGUAAUCCCUGUGUUGUUUACAGAGGGGGGCACACGGGCAGUGUGGCUGCGGGGAGGGCGACCUCGUAACUCGGCCCGGGUUCCCGCUGGAGCGCAGCCGGAGCGCUGGGUGAGCGGGGAAACCCUCUGGAGCCAAUGCCAGAAGCACUCCUCAGCCCCUGCCGUCGUUCUGGGGGACGGACACAAACUGUCCCAGGGCUGGGUGAGGGGCCAAGAGGUGUCACCUCCUCCAGCAGUGCCUCGGCCAUUGCCCGAGCUGUUCCCUCUUCAUCGCUGUUUCUGUGGUAGCGCUGGCUGGACACUGCUCUGUCUUACAUUACCCUGAAACUUUGUUCUGUAUUAGAUUUCUCGGUGACAAUAAAAUAACUCUGAAACCCUUUA